UCGGCCGAGUCGACCCGAUUUGGAGUCCAUUUGAGCAGCUGGAGUUCAUAUAUACCACUUCUCUUCAUUGCUAAGAUGGCGCCCAGGAAGAGAGUUGUUCGUACUCAGACUGCCAGAGUUGCUAGAGAGGCUGAGGAUGAGCAUGUCCAGCCCGCAGUUCCGCAGCAGGCGGCUCCGCCUAUUGAUCAGGAUGCUUUGAGACAGAUGGUUCAGGAUGCGGCUAGGCAGGCUGCACAGGAGACAGUCCAGCAAGCUGCCCAGGAGGCUGCCCGAAUAGCUGCUCAGGAGGUUGCCAGACAGAUGGCUGCAGUACAGCAGGGUCCGCAGAUUCGCAUGCAGCAGGCUCCACCAGUUCAGGUUCAGCAUUAUCAUCAGGUUCCACAUCAGCCGGCUCCAGUCCAGCAGUACCCUCAGGUUCCUGUUCAGCCGGUUCCAGGAGUUUUUCAGGUUCCACCGCCGCCACCUGCUUUCCCAGUUCAGGUGCCCGAGGUUGAUGAGACAUUUAUCAGGGUGUUGGGACAGAUGAAGUAUGUGAGUUUGGAGCAUUUCACUGGAACGACGGAACCUACAGUUGCUCACGAUUGGAAGCACAAUUUGGAUAAGUGUUUGAAGACCAUCUCGUGCCCACCAAGGCUCAAGCUAAACAUCGCUGAGUUGUAUUUGCGCGGAGAUGCAUCAAUCUGGUGGGAUGGAGUGAGAUUGAUGCACCGUGGCGAGCUGACAUAUGAUGAUUUUCUUUACGCGUUCAACAAGAAGUAUUUUCCGAGGGAAGCUUUGCAUGAGAAGAAGAAUGAUUUCGAGCAUUUGAGGCAGGGUGCAAAGUCUGUCAGGGAGUAUGAGCGGGAGUUUAACCAGCUCCGCAGAUUUGUGGGUAACAACAUAGAUGAGGAGGAUCUGAUCAGGAGGUUCUUAGAUGGGAUGCGAGUAGAGCUUCGUGGUAGGUGCAGUGUGGUUACCUACACCAGUUUGGAGGAUCUGGUAGAGAAGGCGGCUGUGCAGGAGAAAUGUAUGGGUGAGGAGCAGAAGUUCUCCAAAGCAGUUCAGCCUAAGGCAGGAGGGGCUUCGGGGUCGCAGAAGAGGCCUUGGGAGCAGACUGUAGCACCCCGUUGUGGGCGUUGUCGUCGCCAGCAUUUUGGAGAGUGUCUCCAGUGCUUUAACUGUGGUCUGGUUGGGCAUAUCUCGAAGAAUUGUAGGAAGCCGCCACGUACUCAGGUUGCAGCGCCAGCAGCAGCAGUAGCACCAGCAGUGGCAGCGAGGAACUGUUACGGCUGCAACCAGCCGGGUCACAUCUACAGAGAUUGUCCGAGGAGAGGCAAUGCAGCGCUUCCACCACCACCGAAGCGUCCAGCCAUCGCUCCACGGGUCUUUACAGUUGGAGAUCCCCAGGGAGUUGAACCGAUAGCGGGAUCGGUUUCGGUUGGAGGAAAGUCAGCUCACACUUUAUUCGACACGGGAGCCUCUAAUAGUUUUGUGAGUCCACGCUUAGCCCAGUCUUGGCCUUUUCGGGGUGUCUUCGAACCGAAGGCUAAGAAGAUUCAGACUGCCGGCACGGAGAAGUUGGGAGCAGUCGGCAUUCAUCGCAAUGUACCAGUUUUUCUUGGAGGAGUUGAGUUUCUCGGAGAUUUGACGGAGCUGGAGAUGAGCUGCUACGAUGUUAUACUUGGAAUGGAUUGGUUGUCACGACAUCAAGUAGUACUGGAUUGUCCGAGAGCGAGAGUCCAUAUCCCCAGAGCAGAAGGGAAGAUCAUAUUCCAGGGAUUCAGACGCACCAUGGAAUUUCCAUUGUCUCCAUGUUGCGCGCAGAUGAGCAACUGGAGAGAGGAGCAGAAGGAUUUUUGGCGACCAUUUCGAUGGUUAAGGAGGAUGGUCAGCAGGAGCUGCAUGACAUUCCAGUGGUUUCCGAGUACGAAGACGUUUUUGAGGCUUUAAAAGGGCCGCCACCAGCUAGAGCAGACGUUCUUGCGAUCGAGGUGGAGCCAGGAGCAACACCAGUUUCACGAGCCCCAUACCGCCUUGCACCAGCUGAGAUGGCGGAAUUGAAGAAACAGUUGGAAGAGUUAUCGGAUAAGGGAUUUAUCAGGCCGAGUACUUCACCGUGGGGAGCACCAGUGUUGUUCGUGAAAAAGAAAGAUGGGAGUUUCAGACUUUGUAUCGACUAUAGAGGUCUGAACAAAGUGACCAUCAAGAAUAAGUAUCCGCUUCCGCGUAUUGACGAGUUGUUGGACCAGUUGCAGGGA